CGUAUGCACACGAACAUUCGUUAUUUUUUCACUCAUUGCCGGACUUGCUCACUUAUAGCUCCCUCUUCUUUAUCAAUUUUAAUUUUGUCCACCGGCAAGUUUUUCUGUUGGACCCGCUAUGUUUUAUAAAUUGUGUGUAUUUAUGUGUUUAUUGAUCGUUGGACAGCAAAUCAAAGCUGCAUUGGCCAGCGACAACAUAUCGGAUUAUAUAAGAAAAUGCUGCAUAAAUGGUCUUCGACAUGCGCGAACCACUGCCUCCUGCACAAAUAUCGAUAUAGCCCCAAUAAUAAUUCCACAACUUUGGCUUGGUCUGUGUCAUUCUACACUUAAAGUCUGCUGUUCUCGAGAACUGGAUAAUCAAAAUUGUGAGCUAGGUCGACUUGCUGCCUUGGACGGUACUCGGUGUGACAGAGAAGGAAAUUUAACUUCUAAUUCUUAUGCAACAUGUUGUCGUUCUUGUCAAAUUGGAUUGGCAGUUAAAGCUAGUAAAGUCAAUUGCAAGGAUCCAUUAUUUUCAUUUCUUUCCUCAAUUGAAUCAUAUCGAGCUUGUUGUUAUGAAGAUUUAGAUUCCACCGUAAAAUCUGAUAUUGGUAAAAAAAUAACUGACAAUUCUAUAACUGAGGAUGGCGAAAGUCAAUUGGAUUCUGAGGAGGAUAUGAAUGGUACUAUUGUCCUAACCGAUGAUGACGACAUAUGUGGGAAAAUUGAAAAUCUGUGCGCCCACAUAUGCGAAAACACUAUUGACGCAUAUCAAUGUAAGUGUCACCCCGGAUUUAUGUUAGAUAAUAACAACGUCACAUGCUCUCCGAUGCAACCCAAUAUAUGUCCGAGUGGCUACAAUUUAGAUAAAUUGGAAAACAAGUGCAUUGACAUUGAUGAAUGUAGGGAAAAUAUUCAUGAGUGUAAGUUAUCCCAAUACUGUCAUAACACGAAAGGUGGCUACCACUGCUUAAAUGUGAAAGCAAAGGAUUGUCCGCCGGGAUAUCACUAUGAGAGUGAAUACGAUGAAUGCAAAGAUGAUCACGAAUGCAAAGAUGACAGCUCAAAGUGUACCGCGGUCAAGAGUCAAUCAUGUGAAAGCGGUUUCAUUUUAAAAAACGGAAGUUGUACAGAUAUUGACGAAUGCUCUCAUAGCACAUUAAAUCAUUGUCAUAUUAUUAAACACCAGGAAUGCAAUAACACUAUGGGUGGCUAUUCCUGCCACUGCCAGGCUGGAUUUAAUUUGGAUGUCACCCAGAAUCAGUGCAUUGAUAUAAAUGAAUGUUCAAUAAACAACCACAACUGCCUUCCGACUCAAAGAUGUGAUAACACGAUCGGAUCAUAUAUAUGCACGCGUCUUCAAAGCUGCGGCACAGGGUACACCUUGAAUGCCCAAACUGGACAUUGUGACGAUGAUGAUGAAUGCGCACUUAGAACUCAUAAUUGCCCUUUUAACUACGAUUGCCACAAUACGAAAGGAUCAUUUCGAUGCUAUAGAAAAAGCACCACAAGCUCAACCACUACAACGACAUCAACUACAGUUUCACCUUUAGAGCCUGCACGAAGGGCAAAUAAUAGUCGAUACCCAUAUCCAUUAGCUGUACAUCCGGAUUACUCAAGUCUCAGCUAUGCCAAUUCCCCGAUAUCCCGAUUGGACUGUUCUCCCGGAUUUUAUAGGAAUAAUCUUGGUGCAUGUGUCGAUAUUAAUGAAUGCGUGGAACACAAUCCUUGUGGUAACCAUCAACGUUGCAUCAACACAAACGGUCAUUUCCGCUGCGAAAGUCUUCUUCAGUGCUCGGCCGGAUACAAGUCAGCAGUAGACGGCAAAUUAUGCAUAGACAUUGAUGAGUGCGACACUGGAGAACAUAACUGUGGCGAAAAACAAAUAUGCCGAAAUCGAAACGGCGGCUAUGUAUGCACUUGUCCGAUAGGCCAUGAACUUAAACGCCUCGGCAGCAGUGGUGGCAAUACAUGUGUGGACAUAAACGAAUGCUCGCUAGAUCAACGUGUAUGUCCAUCGAAUGCACAUUGCUUGAACACCAUAGGGUCUUACUAUUGUGAGUGCAAAGCUGGGUUCCAAAAAAAACCUGACAAUAAUAAUGACACACAAUGCUUCGAUAUCGAUGAGUGCAGCGUGGUUCCGGGUCUUUGCCAACAAAAGUGUGUUAACUUUUGGGGAGGAUAUCGAUGCUCGUGUAACUCUGGAUACCAACUAGGACAGGACAACCGCACGUGCCAUGAUAUAAAUGAAUGCGAAGUACAUAAGGAUUAUAAGCUAUGCAUGGGAUUCUGCAUUAACACUCCCGGUUCCUAUCAAUGCUCCUGCCCACGUGGUUAUUUAUUGUCUGCAGACAGGAAUACGUGUCGAGAUAUCGAUGAAUGUGCAACUGAUUCCAAUAACCAAGUUUGCACAGGCCGGAAUGACAUAUGCACCAACACCAGAGGAAGCUACAAAUGUACGACCAUUAAUUGCCCAUAUGGAUACACCAUUGACCCAGAUCAAAAAAACCGUUGCCGACAAAACAGUAACUUCUGCGAAGGAGAAGAUUGUUACACUCAACCGUCAGCUUAUACAUAUAAUUUUAUUACCUUCGUUUCCAAGCUAAUUAUCGCACCGGAGGGUCGAACCAUAUUUACACUAAGAGGUCCACUUUGGUAUGAUAACAUCGAUUUUGAUCUUAAGAUUAUUCGCAUACAAGCAACCAACCAUAUUGAGAGAGCAACUGAUAAGAAUUUUGACACUUUAAAAAAUAACAACCAAGUCAAUGUGCUACUGAAGAAAUCACUGGAAGGGCCACAGGACAUUGAAUUGGAAUUAAGUAUGACAGUCUUUACAAACGGAAUGCCUCGAGGAAAAAGUGUGGCAAAAUUAUUCCUUUUUGUUUCACAGCAUACAUUUUAGAAAUAAAUGCACUCAAAAUAUCGUA